AAAAAAAAAAGGAAAAAGAAAGCAAUUAUACACCAAGAGAAGCUUCCAUACGAGUCGUUGGGGUCAACCGCACGACAAACACUCGGCUGAAUUUUCCUCGUAUGGACACGGCGCAAAGCAACUUAGUCAACAGUCGUGCCGUGCGAAGGCCGUGCAGAGACGCGUCGAUAAUGAAAUAACACCAAUCAUCCACGCCCCAGGAACGCCUCACCCAAUCAUUUUCCACAAACACUUGGCCGGCAACUCCAACACAAAGUGCCCGCCAGUCGCCGCCGCUGGAUAUGGCCGAGAAAGAGCAAGCUAGGCCUCUCGCGCCAGCGUCGUACAUCACCCGCAGCGACGAAGAUCAAGCCCUGUCGGACCACUUCAGGCUCCGCCGGCCCAGCUGCCUCAAGUGCUGCGGCAUCGCCGCCGCGCUCUUCCUCAUCCUCGCCGUCGUCGCCCUCGUCCUCGUCUUCACCGUCUUCCACGUCGAGGACCCGAUCGUCAGGAUGAACCGGGUCCAGAUCCCCCAGCUCGCCCAGCUGGUCUCCAACGGGACGGCGCUCUCCGGCGCCAACAUCACCGCCGUCGCCGACGUCUCCGUCAAGAACCCGAACGCCGCGUCCUUCCGGUACGGCAACUCCACGACGGAGCUGUACUACGGCGGGGAGGUCGUCGGCGAGGGCAGGAUCCCCGCGGGCAAGGCGGCGGCGCGGCGCACGCAGCGCGUGAACGUGACGGUGGAGGUGGUGCCGGCGAGGAUCGCGAAGGCGCCGAGGCUGAGCAGCGACCUGGCGGCCGGGAACCUGACGAUGGAGAGCUACACGAGGAUCGACGGCAGAGUAAAGAUCUUGAAAAUCAUAAGGAAACACGUGGUGGUGAGGUUGAACUGCACGAUCGCGUACGUGAUCGCCAGUGGGGAGAUGAAAGAAGAAUGCCAACGGCGAGUUUCGUUCUGAAGGUUCUCAUCUUUGAUCUGAGAAUGUUUUUUUUUUUUAAUGAUUUAUUUACGCCCGAAUUAUUUAUAAAACGGUAAUUUUUUCUUUUUACUUCUUUGGCGAAAUUGAAAAGUAAUUAGUAUA